UGAACUUGACAAUGGUGCAUGUGGGUGUGUGAACUAUUCUUCUUCUUCUUCACACUUGCUGGGUUUGCUUUGGAUUCAACUCUGCCUUUUUCAGUUUUCAUAGAAACCCUGAUGGGGAAACAUAAUUUGACAUAUUUUGUGUUGUUUAGUUUGGUGAUUCUUAUGCCUUGUUUAUGCCUGCAAGAUGUUCUGGAUAAUGCUACUACUUCUGUUUAUGUUGUUACUUUGAAACAAGCUCCAACCUCUCAUUCCUAUGGUGUUUUGACAAGGUUGAAUGAUGAUAAUAAUGGUUUCAAAGAUAAUGGAAGAACUCAAUUUCAGAAACCAAGAUAUGCCCAUAUUACAAAGACAGAUAAGAGAUAUGGCUCUUAUGUUACACGAGUGCACGAUUCUUUGUUGAAGAAAGUGUUGAAAGGAGAGAAAUAUUUGAAACUCUAUAGCUACCAUUACCUGAUUAAUGGAUUUGCUGUUCUUGUUACCCAACAGCAGGCAGAGAGACUAUCAAGCAGCGAUGAAGUGUCCAAUGUGGUUUUGGAUUUUUCUGUUAGAAUAGCGACUACACAUACUCCACAAUUUUUGGGUUUGCCACAAGGAGCAUGGUCUCAAAAUGGUGGUUUUGAUAUUGCUGGAGAAGGAGUUGUUAUUGGGUUUGUUGACACUAGAAUAGAUCCAUCACACCCUAGUAUCGGCGAUAAUAAAUCUCAACAUCCAUAUCCUGUUCCUGCUCAUUUUUCUGGUAUCUACGAGGUUACUCGAGAUUUUCCAUCUGGCUCUUGCAAUAGAAAACUUGUUGGGGCCCGUCAUUUUGCAGCAUCUGCUAUAACAAGAGGAAUAUUUAACAUGACUAAAGACUACGCUUCUCCCUUUGAUGGCGAUGGCCAUGGCACGCAUACUGCAUCGGUUGCAGCAGGAAAACAUGGGAUUCCGGUGAUUGUUGUUGGGCAUCACUUUGGGAAUGCUAGUGGGAUGGUUCCUUGUUCGCACAUUGCGGUGCACAAGGCGUUAUAUAAGAGCUUUGGAGGAUUCGCUGCAGACGUUGUUGCAGCAAUUGACCAGGCAGCUCAAGAUGGGGUUGACAUAAUUAGUUUAUCUAUCACUCCAAAUCAGCAUCCUCCCGAUGUUGCAACUUUCUUCAAUCCUAUUGACAUGGCAUUACUGUCAGCUGUAAAGGCUGGUAUUUUUAUGGUUCAAGCUGCUGGAAAUACCGGGCCAUCACCAAUGAGCAUGUCUUCUUUUAGUCCAUGGAUCCUUACUGUUGGUGCUGCCUCUCAUGACCGGCUUUAUAGUAACUCCAUAAGUCUUGGAAACAAUGUUACCAAACCCCACAUCAAACGCAUGCCAACUAAAACACCAUCCUGCUGUCAUGAAACAACGUGCUUCCACGAAGAGCUUUUCCGUUGCAGAUGCAUACAUGCUGCUACAACAUUGCUGCCAAGAAAUCCAACCAACUUUCCGUCAACACAACAUGUUGCAUCACCAAGACAACCAUGCCAGUGA